AUGGGGAGUGAAAAUAAUCGUGACUCAGAUGAAGCUCCACAGCAGCGAAGACCCACAACAUCCGCAUGUUGGCAACGAGAAGCUGCCCCUAUUGCUGAGGAUGCUCAUCAUGUGGAUGAACAUGAUGAACAUCCCGGGGAUCCAGUCCCUAUUGUUGAGGAAGACCUUGAAUGUCCUAAAUUGAAGUUAUCCUCCAAUGGAAGGAAGAUUCAGAAAUUCGAGAGACCUGUUGUAGAGAUUGAAGGGUUAGUUGUUGCCACAAAAUUAAGUUCUCUGGUCACAUGUUCAUUGGACACUGACGAUCGGGGACUCAUAUCAACUUUUACGGAGAUGUUGCAUAAAGAAACUAGUAGUUUCCAUCUUCCUGUAAGAGAGGUUACCAUCACCCUCGAUGAUGUGGUCUCUUUGCUUCAUCUGCCCAUUACAGGCACCUUCCAUAGCUUUGAGACUGUGCAUGUUGACGAAGCGGUGUUGUUGUUAGUGGAAUUACUUGAAGUCAAUGCAGAUGAAGCCAAAGUUGAGACAUGUUGGAUUUAUGAGCAUUUUCCAUCUGUUGAUGAGGCUAUUACUACUGAAGACUAUCAUAGGAGACUUGCCAAACAAUAG